AUGUCAUCAUCGGCACGUAUGGUGGACGGUGAGCCGAACGUUGAACUUAUACUUCGUGACGGCGUCGAAGGCCCCUGGGAUGGUCCUGAGCGAAUGCUCGCCACGCUCCUAUGGGCCGGUGCGAAGCCCGCUGAGGAAGACAUCAGGACCGCGCAGGCGUCCAUGACACAGAGCGGGAUGGUGCGCUUCAUGAGAACAUGGGCAUCAAGGGCCGUCGAUUUCGCGAUAUGGCAGUUUCAGUCCCAAGCCGCCCGAGGUGGCACCAACCCAGCGCUUCGGACCUUGUUCUAUCGACUCGUCCGGCUCAUGUCUACACCCGUCGACCCAGUCUUCGUCUUCGAUGGCCCUGACAAACCGACUUUCAAACGGAACAAGCGUGCAGGGAGAGGUGAUACGGCCACUAUAAGCCAAGCCAAGCAACUCAUACGGUUGCUUGGUUUUCCGAUACACGAUGCUCCUGGCGAAGCGGAGGCAGACUGCGCGCUGCUACAACAGCGUGGGGUUGUCGACGCGGUGUUGAGCGAGGACGUUGACACCAUCAUGUUCGGUUGCACCCGGUCUUUAAGGAAUUGGACCGCUGAAAGCAGAACGGCGAAGACGCCGACGCACGUCACACAGUACGACAUAGAUAACAUGGAUAUUGCAGGAAAGGGGCUCGACCGCGAGGGCAUGGUGCUGGUAGCCUUGAUGAGCGGUGGCGAUUACUUGCCAGAUGGAAUACUAGGAUGCGGUGUCAAGGUGGCCUGUGAAGCUGCUAAGGCCGGCUAUGGCAGGUCACUCUGCAAAAUCAAAGCAUCGGACAAACAAGCCCUGGCGGAUUGGAGAAAUUCCUUGAUUCAUGAACUCAAGACAAACGAGAGCAAGUUCUUCCGCAUCAAGCACAGUGUCCUCGCGCAAAAGGUUCCGGAAGACUUCCCAAACAUCGAAGCAUUGAAGGAUAGCAUGGCACACCACGAGCAGCGGCCGCUCCACCUGUACGAUCUCAGAGAGUUCGCUCGAACUGCAUUUGGUUGGGAUUACAGGGUUGGCGGCGUGAAGUUCAUACGAGUAUUGGGAGCGGCACUGUUGACCCGCCAGCUUCUGCGUGGAAACGAGGAACAUAUCGAGAGAAUCGCGGGAAGCCGAGCACACUUCACUACCGAUGGUCGGACAGAGCUUCGGCUCAGGUUUAUCCCAGAGAAUGUCGUGCCUGUGGACCUGUCCGAGGAGGUCGACGAGGACAUUCCCCAGUCGCGGGGCAGUUUGUCACUUAACAGUGAUGACGAGCUCGGCGCACCGGACGAGGAGAUGAGUUCUUCACAGCCAGCUGCCAAAAUAUUCGACGUGAGCAAACCAGACCUCGCCUGGGUUCUCGAAGACGUCGUCAAGAAAACGGCGCCAGUUGCGUACCACGACUGGCAAGAUGCCGAGCGUGUCAAAGCGCUUCGCAAGUCUCCGAAGAAGAAGGCCACAGCAAAAGGCGCAGCGAAGCCUUCAGUCACCUCGGGAGCCAUGGACAAAUUUGUGCGGGUCACAAAACACGUCAAUCCGCCCGUGACCGCGCCUGUCAAGAAAAAGGCCAAGGACCGGAGCCGGAGCGACAUUGAACUCCCCUCGUCAGGCCCUCCGCCACGACCAUCAAAACAGUCAAAGCUCGACCGUCUCAACGUCGACCGCGGUCUUCAAACAGACAACUCUAGAAUUGUUUGCGAAGCGGGCUCAUACCCCACCACCCUCCCAAGCAGUAACGUCAAGAUCAUGCGCCGCCAACAAGGCAGAGUCGAUCCCGAGGAGUACUAG